GGGAGGAUCUAUCGAUUCAUUUUCCAGAAUGGCCGAAUCUGAAUCCCAGUCUGAUUUCUUGAAGAACUUCUACAUUCCUUCUUACAUAAUUGAUGGCGAUGUGGAGAAUGAAAGCAUCUCGGAUAUGCCUACAUGUCCAGUGUUAGUCUUUAUCAACUCAAAGAGCGGUGGUCAGUUGGGUGCAGACCUCCUUGUGACGUUCCGUAGCAUUCUCAAUGAAAAGCAGGUUUUUGAUUUGGGGGAGGAGGCACCUGAUAAGGUGCUGAGUAGAAUCUAUGUCAACCUGGAGAAGCUUAAGAAUGAUGGAGAUGAAUUUGCUAAAGAGAUUCAGGAGAGAUUGCGAAUAAUUGUUGCAGGAGGCGAUGGAACUGCUGGGUGGCUUCUUGGAGUUGUUUGUGAUCUCAAAUUAUCCUACCCACCACCAAUUGCUACAAUGCCUUUAGGAACUGGGAAUAAUCUUCCCUUUGCUUUUGGCUGGGUAAAGAGUUGCACCUUGAAAACUGCUCAGAUGAAUCUAUUAAUAUUUUGUUUCAUGAAUCUAGUUGUUGAUGUUGCAUUUUUUUCCAGCUGGCAUAUUCUAAUGAGGAUGAGGAUUCCGAAUGAAGGUCCUUGUGAUCCUAUUGCUCCCUUGGAGCUACCCCAUUCUCUGCAUGCAUUUCAUCGAGUUUCUUCAACAGAUGAGUUGAACGUGGAAGGUUAUCACCCAUUUCGCGGAGGAUUCUGGAAUUACUUCAGCAUGGGAAUGGAUGCUCAAAUAUCAUAUGCAUUUCAUUCUGAGAGGAAAUUGCAUCCUGAAAAAUUUAAAAAUCAAUUAGUUAACCAGAGUACUUACGCCAGGCUUGGUUGUACGCAAGGAUGGUUUUUCGCUUCUCUCUUCCAUCCUGCUUCACGAAAUAUAGCGCAGCUUGCAAAGGUGAAAGUCAUGAAAAAACAUGGUGAAUGGCAAGAUCUCCACAUACCUCCCAGGUAAAUUGUUGAGUUUCAGGCUUAAUACUGUCUAAUUUAAACUAGGCAUAUCAUUCUGCACGGAAGUUAACCAUACGAAAUUGUGGAGGACAUCUUUCGACUGAUAAUGACUUCCACCUUGAUCUGAAAGGAAAAAAAAAAAAGAAGCUUUUGCUUGUUACUUAAAAAAACAACUUCAAUCUGCUGUUCAUUAAUGUGGCAUUCUCAUUGAUUAUUCAUUUUUUGGUUGCAUAAAACAUGCAACUGUCUGAUCCUUUGGGAGAUCACAAUCUUGAAGGCAGGUUUGUUUACAGUAUAAUUUACGUUUCUGUAAUACAAUUCAACUCUGUUAUUCUACAGGUUAUAUGUGGUUCUGUUUUCCUGAGUCAUCACCAUGUUUAUUUUAUUGCUUCCGUUUGC